AUGAAAAGAAUUUCGCUGGCGUCCGUUCGCUUUCUGGUUGUUACUUGCCUACUUCUACAGUGUCUCCCUCGUGACCAGUGCCUUGCUCACUAUGGCAGCGACUCAGAUGGGUCAAACGCGCGGCCGUCUGGAGGGGCUGACUGGGCGACACGGACGCCAGCUCCCGCUGUAGGGGACUAUGGCGAGUUGACGGGCAGUGUUUCUCGGACGCAGACUAAACGUGUGUAUGGCGCUGGACUGUGGCCCAGGGUACGCUCCCUGGCAGUGUCGCGAUUCCCUGGUGCAGAAGAGGAGCAGUGGGAGGGGGCAUACGCGCGUGGUGACCUUCCCCCUUCACAGGUCGGAGACGUUCUGACACAGAGGAAAGGUAGAACGGGAAGGUCGAGAGUUCAUCAGCGUGUCGUAGUGACUCCAGAACCACAUUCCUGGAAUCACAGGGUUACUGUCGCUAAGGGACAGGCUGUUAUACCCGUCGGCUUUGAAGGUAGCUUCGUUGAGAGCCGGUCUUUGCUUGCCACGCGUUCGCCCCCAAGGGCACUAGUUGACUGCCAGGGCCAAGAGGAAGUCCAGGCCGCUGUCACGAGGUGUUCUGUCGAAGUACUCGCAUCUCCGGAGCAGCAUGCCGCGAAGGAGGUCUUAGUGAGUCUAUUCGACGACGACCGGAUUCUGAAAGUCAAGUCCGCUUUCAAUGGCGCACAGUACAUGCUGGCGGGACCGGCAGGCUUCUUGGGAAUAGGAGUCGACGGGAUUGUGUUGCGUUUGAAUCAGCUGGAAGAUGGAGCGGCAAGACAGCGAACGCAGGUGGCUGCAAAAAUAUGCAUCGUGUUUAGAAGGUUUUUCGAGCGGCUCUCCUGGUGGGGCAAACGCCGGCUCAGGAAAAAGAUAAAGAGGAAGUGUUUGAUGAAGGAGAGUUCAGUCAGGCGUGCUCUCCCAGGUGUGACCCCGGAGGAAAUGCUCGAACACGGUCUCGUCGUUCCAACGGAUGUUGGCAGGUUAUCCAAUCUACCCACCUGGUUUCCAGCGGGCCAAGGAUAUUUUGUGCUCCCCGUCGUUUCCUUAUAUCCUGUAUUUUCUUGUGACCUCGAGCAGCUGAUUCACGGCGACCUAUCGGAUUCGGCAAAGUUGUAUGUUACCCGCCGGUUGGUACAGAGCGUCGCGUGGAUGCAUGAAAAAGGCGUUUCCCACAAUGACUUGAAACUUGAAAAUGUCCUGCUCAGUGCCGACGGUCAGGUUGCCAUCGGCGAUUUUGGUUUAUCAAGCAGUCUCGGAUCUGUGUCGCAAGCCCUCGGCACUCCAGCGUACAUGGGCCCCGAAACCGCAGAAUCAUGCCUGCGACAAGAGAAAGUCGACGUGGUUGCAACGAGAGAUGCAUGGGCACUGGGAAUCCUUCUUUUCACGUUGUGGUGCGGAGUGCUUCCAUUCGGUUUAGGGCAGAUAGCUCAUCUCCAUCCGCGGGCCGUGGUCCGGUUCAUAGUCACACAGGCAACGGGGACUCCACCUGUACCCGAGUUCCAGCUGUGCGGCCAAAUCCCAGCUGCGGUCAGGGAACUCAUUAGCGGAUUUCUACAGUGGAACCAUGAAGAUCGACGUCUUCCCGGUGAUGUUGUGGAGGCGUUCCUGGAAGCUACACACAACGGUGGUGGCGAGAGGUCUCGUCGGUGA